AUGUCUACCACUCAAAUUACUAAAGUCGCUAUCUUUGGUGCCUCUGGCAACUUCGGCACACCUAUCACUUCUGCUCUCAUACAAGCUGGUUUCGAUGUUACCAUCAUCACACGCACUGAAUCUAAAUCUACAUUUCCGGACAACAUCCCUGUUGUCAGAACAGAGUACAAUCUCGAGUCUCUUACCAAGGCUUUGACUGGACAAGAUGCAGCUAUAUGCGCCGUCGGACCGGCCGGUAUUCCUCUCCAAGGAACUAUGAUCGACGCCGCUGAAGCAGCUGGUGUAUCACGAUUCAUCGUAGCCGAUUUCGGCUGGGGUCCCGACUUUGAAAGCUUUCCUGAGUUUGACCCAGUGCGUGCUCAACGAGCUGUUGGUUUCGAGCAGGCAGAGAAACAUGCAGCUGCAAACCCAGGUUUCACUUGGACCAGCAUUGCAACUGGCAACCCCAUUGACUGGGCCCUCAAACGCUUUCCUACCAUGGGUUUUGAUAUCAAGAACCAGUCCGCCAUCAUCUACGAUGAAGGAAGGGAACAUUUCACAGGGACUACACUACAAGGCAUUGGACAGUCUGUAGUUGGCAUUUUUCAGAACCCAGUCGAGACGGCGAACCGUACUGUCAAGGUCAUGUCAAUCAAGACUUGCCAGAACGACUUAUUGGAGGCCUUUCGGAAAGGAACAGGAAAGGAAUGGGGAAUUGAGAGACGAACUACUCAGGAGCUCAUUGAUGGAGCAAGGCAGAAGAAGGAGAAGAGCGAGGGCGGGUGGAUUCUGGAUUUGGCUGUUGCUCAAUUGUAUAAUGGGGCAAAGACGCCCUGUCUUGUUGCCCCGUCGUGGGAGGAGUCGGAUUCUGGGUCGCUUGGUGUGAAGGAGGAGAAUGCUGAGAGUCUUGUUGUCUCUGUUCUGGAUAGUCUCUGA